AUGGAGAAGACUUUUGCAUCUCAACUAAACCCACUACUCACUGAAUUCAGCCAAAAAGUCGAUGAUUGCAAGCAGAAUGAUGGUACACAUGUGGAUUUCGACCUGUAUUUGCAAGAGUCCACUCCUUUGCAAUACUGUACAGACAACGAAAAUGCAUUCUACAAAAGCGCACACGUAGACUUUCCAGAGGAAAUUGCCAGGCAAAUUGAACAGCCUCGCAGUGACUACAAUCUUGGGUUUCUAAAAGCUAUCAAUCAUGUCUGGUUGGCAAGAGGAUCAUCGUUGUUUCUAUGGGACUUUAGUAAGAAGAAUUCUAAAGUAUUCAGAUACGACACCACCCAAGCCAUUGAACAUGUCGAUAUUGCAACAUUCACAACACACCACGAGCUGGUUGUCACUACUCGAAACCACAUCUACCUCCACACCAUUUCACCAGGCCAAGACAACAUACAGCUAUCGCAGGGUGUGGCAGUGGAUUCAGAGGGUGUUGUCAUGUCAAAUUUCGUUACAGCAAAGGAAUUAAGACGAGUCUUUAUGAAGGGCGAUGAUGGACAUUUGUACGAAUUGCAUCUUGUAUGGACAGACAACACACCAAAAAAUGGAAGUCUUAGCUGUCUUACCAUGAACCCAAUACUGCGCUAUUUGACCAUGUUCUUCAAAUCUCCACCUGUGGCCAGUGUGAAAUCUCUGGUAUUGGAUGAAGCAGGGGAAUUGCUGUACAUGCUGCUGUCAGAUUCCAGCAUCCAUGUUGCUCAGAUUCGUGGCACCACCUACUCGUUAUUGAAGCGCUACGAGAGCCAACACUUGGAAUCAAUUCACCUUGUUCAAGAUACCAAAAAGCCUUGUCUCAUGGCAGUUGCAAACAACGGCGACAGACUGUUUUUACAGAAUGAAAGUCUAGAUAUCCAGCUCAUAUUUACCCGACCAGCACCACCCUUGCCCGGAUCCAUUUUAUUCAACAACUUGACCGAUCAACAUGCUGACUUGGCUUAUUAUCAGCAAGGCGUUUUUGCUACUGUCUUGGCCAAAUCAGAAAAGAAGUACUUUGUGUUGACCAACACAAGCGUCGCAUCGGUCAAGGAAUCAAAGCCUGUGUUGGUGGAGGAUUUCUAUUAUGAAAAGCUGGACGACAAAGUGUGGUCUAUCAUGGAAGGAGGAAAAGCCAGACACACAAGAUUCAACAUGAAAUCGACAUUAGAGCCUAUGGAUACUUCAGAUCGCCAGAUUUCAGCAUUGACGAAACGAGGCAUCAUCCACUACAAUAAGCAACACAUUACAGAUUAUUUUCAACACGCAUUGCAAUCGCCUUCACCUGAACAUUUGAACAAGUUUGAAGAGCGUUAUGGUGCCAUUGAGACUGGUUAUAUAGCUCAUGUGUUGGCCUGUUCAGCAAAGCAAACUCCAUAUGUCAUUGACUUUAUUCGACAAUGCACAGUACGACAAGAAGGCCUGCUGCUCUAUUUUGCUCGCAUCGUUCAGGAUAUCUGGACGGUCGAUAUCAAAAAUGAAAAAGUCCCUAAAGAAAAGUUUCUGGUGGUUCAGGAACGCCUCCGAGCACUUGCCGAUGUAUAUCAACAAUACGACAUUCCAGCAGCAGAUGACAUGGAUCUUGUGUUGAAGACUAUGGAAUUCAUUUCGUUGAUAUGCUUUGCUAAUGAUUUAGAAUGGGAACAAAUUGUAGCAAGGUUUGACAAAAACUGGGUUGUCAGCAAGUUUAGUGAUGUCGUUACAACGGUGAAGGGCGCCAACUUGAUCCAGGAUAUUGUUUACAAGGCUAUAAAGACAUCGAAACUUGCAAAUGCUUCCAACAACUACAGCUUUAUCGGUAACUUUUUAAACAGCAAUUGCUCCAACCUCUUGGGCACAGAACAAGUGAUUUACUUUAAGGGUGUCGAAAAUUUAUAUGCUGCACAAAAUAAUACAGAUGCCAACGACAAGAAGCAGGCAUUGGCAUUAGCUAUUGGACAUUUCAAGAGCGUGGUCGGCAUUUGCGAUGCUCCUCGUAUUAAAGCGCUCGCACAAAAGUUCUGCGACUUGGGAGAUCACCAUUCUGCUGUCGAUCUUGCAUUUACAAGCUAUUCACAAGCAGGGUUGACACUCGAUCAACUUGAAGCAUUUGUGCUGCACAUUAUCAAGGAAGCCAUUGACACACAACACCAGCAACAUGCGAUUGAUGUGAUUGCCAGUGCACUGGAAAUGACGAGCAACCAAGACUAUCAUUAUCAUAUUUACGAAUGGCUUACCAACAAUGAACACAACCACAUCUUAACCUGUUUGCAAGCACCUACACUCUUUGACUUUAUUAACACACGCACGCUCGAUCCUCGUCAGCGACUGAUUCUUCUCGAGCUGUACUAUGCCCAUCGAAAUGAAAUUGCCAAAUCUGCCGAUGCUGUCUAUCAAUUAGCGACUGAAGCAGACCAAGUUGGAUUAUUACAACGCGUACAAGCAUUGAAGAAAGCUUGUGAAUAUUUACCUCAAGCCGCUGGGUUCAGCCAAGAGAAAUGUCAAGCUAUUCAACGCAAAUACAAAGUGGCACAAGUGCAAUAUGAGAUUUUCGAGUUACUGCAUGAGCAAAAGCACCCUGACAAGAAGGUACUUGAUAAUCUAAGCGCUCGACUUGUUCCUGAAUACGACUUGUUGCGAUGUGCUUAUACCCAAUCAUUGUACGAAGAAGGAUUGAGCUUGCUGGAUAUAUUGGAAGAGUAUAAUUGGGAUUUUGCACGACUUGCUUGGGAGAAUAUCAUUCAAUCAUCGAGUGCAGCUCAAGAACAAGUACAGUCGAAAUUAAAUGCCUUGGCCAAGAAAUUGUUCCCAUCCAUCUCAUCAUUCCCAGUGUAUAUCGUUUACCAGAUCUUGCAAGCACAGUGCACACAAUUUGGUGAUGAUUUUGCUGAAACAGCUCUAAUCAAGGCAGGCGUGCCCUCAGAAGUCGUAUCUGAUGCCAAGGCUGAAUUCAAGUAA